AUGGCGGAUAUUCCUGGGGUUCAAAUAAUCCUGGAUGAUAUGAUCAUAACUGGAGAAACAAGUGAAUUACACUUACAAACACUAGGGAGAGUGCUUCAGAGACUUGAAGAGUACAACCUUAGGGUAAAUGAGGGAAAAUGCGAAUUCUUCAAGGACAAAGUUCAAUUUUGCGGCCAUGAGAUUGAUUCUCAUGGUCUGCAUAAGACUGGUGAAAAGAUGCGUGCAAUUGUUGAUGCACCAGAGAUCACGAAUGUGAAACAGUUGAGGGCAUUUCUUGGCAUAGUGCAAUAUUAUGCCAGGUUCCUACCUAAUCUGGCGACAAUUCUUCACCCACUUCACCAGUUGCUGAAGAAGGACGUGAAAUGGAAAUGGACGCCUAAAUGUGAAGAUGCUGUCAAAACUGUUAAAACCAUGAUAACAUCGAACCUGGUACUGAUGAAUUUUGACCCCACAAUACCAGUUAUUCUAGCAUGUGAUGCCAGUGCAUAUGGACUUGGAGCAGUGCUAAGUCACAAACUUCCGGAUGGUACAGAGAGACCAAUUGCUUUCGCAUCCAGAACUUUAAAUUCGGCUGAACAGAACUACAGUCAGAUUGACAAAGAAGCUACAGCGUUGGUUUGGGGAGUGAAAAAGUUCCACACGUACUUGUAUGGAAACAAGUUCACCCUGGUUACAGAUCACAAGCCUCUUUUAGCAAUAUUCAGUCCCAGGAAAGGACUCAGUUCAACAACCGGGGCCAGGCUCCAACGAUACGCACUGUUUCUCUCAGGAUAUAUCUACGAUAUCCAGUACAAAAGCACAACAUCUCACGGUAAUUGUGACAGCUUAUCGCGUCUACCAUUGAAGGAGACUGAAAUAAACAAGCUUGAUGCAACAGAAGAGUUCUUGAACUCACUCAUUGAUAAGUUACCUGUGACCUGUUCUCAGAUAGCUAGUGCUACAAGAAAAGACCCUGUUUUGUCCAAAGUGUAUGAAAUUGUAUCUACAGGAAGCAUUGGGGUCGAUACUUCAGACUUGGAAUUGAAACCAUAUUUGAACAGGCGAACAGAGUUAUCUCUCCAUCAGGGGUGUGUUAUGUGGGGAAAUCGUGUGAUAAUUCCGAGUUCCUUGAGAAAUCAAGUAAUGGAAGAGCUUCAUUCGGGUCAUGUUGGUAUUGUGAAAAUGAAGUCACUUGCCAGAAGUUAUGCCUGGUGGCCAAAUCUCGAUUCAGAGUUGGAAGAACUAACAAAACACUGCUCUGGAUGUAUGGCUAAUAGGCCAAGUCCUAAAGAAUCACCAAUUCACCCUUGGGAAUUUCCAAAGAAACCAUGGAGUAGGGUGCACAUAGACUUUGCAGGUCCAUUCAUGGGAUAUAUGUACUUAGUUCUUGUUGAUGCAUAUUCCAAGUGGCCAAUAGUUAAAAUAAUGAAAAAGACCACAGCUGGCCAUACCAUUGAUGUGCUGAGAGCUAUAUUUGCGGACUAUGGUGUGUGUGAUGAACUAGUGAGCGACAAUGGCCCGCAAUUUGUAAGCGAAGAGUUUCGCCAUUUCUUGCGAAUGAAUGGUGUUAAACAAACAUUUAGUGCGCCAUAUCAUCCUCGUACAAACGGGCUAGCUGAGAAGUUUGUUCAAACUUUGAAACAGGCUUUAAAAGCUGCGAAGCAUGACCAAGGUACAAUAGCAAUAAAGGUUUCGAAGUUUUUGCUACAAUACAGAAAUGCGGAACAUGCAACUACGAAAGAGUCGCCUGCAAAACUGUUCUUGGGUCGUUCGCUUGUUACAAGACUUGACAAAAUCAAGCCAAACCUACAGAAGCGCGUUGAAAGUGAACAGGCUAAAAUGGUUCGUUCGGUUAAUGACAGACAAUUUGACAUUGGUCAAAGUGUGGCUGUACGGGAUUAUCGAGCGGGAAGAGACAAAUGGGUUUCUGGUAAAAUCGAUAGCAAAACUGGUCCUGUUUCGUAUACAGUGGAAAUUGUUCCUGGUGUUACUUGGCGUAGGCAUGCUGACCAAAUUCGUGCUUCAUCGGAGAAUGUUCCAGUCACGCGUGAUGUGUUGAUCCCUAUUUUACCUAUUACUGAUACUCCGAUUCAAGUACCUGCAAGUGCUAGUGCAGGAGUGGUUCCAGCAGCUUCUAGUCCCACUCUACCACAGGCACCGAUGACUGCAACUACAGGGACAACCCCAGACAAGUCUCCAGAUGUAGUUCCUGAGCGUCGGUAUCCAGUGCGAGAAAGAAGAACACCUGUUAGACUUGAUUUAUAA